CGCGCGGCAUGUAUAGAGACCUGAAGAUUGUCAGGUAGCGACUUAUGCUCGGUUAGUUUCGGAUUCAAAGCGGCCAUUCGCUCCUCGUUUAGUAAACUGGUCAACUGGAGGUUUGUUGUUACUUUUGAACGGUAACAGAGCGUCUCAGUCCCGCGUGAGCCUCUCCCCCGGCGGCUGGCGCCCUUUGUAGCUCUCCAAACUGAAUGACUGUGUUUGUUGCCAGUUCCUUUGCUCCAGCCGCUGACUCCCAUGGCUCCAGGAACUGUCUGAUUCUGGAUCUGUCAGACAGGAAUAAGAUAGGGAGAGAUGAGCUGGGCUGAAGAGGACUGGACGGUGGGGCUGUCUGGACGCGUCCUGCAGAAGGUGAAAGAGCUGCAGGUCCAGCAGGAGCGUCUGUCCAGAGAGAACAAGCAGAAACAACUGCAGCUGGACAACAUCAACACUAGCCUUGAAAAACAAACUGUGAAGUAUGAGGAAGUACGGGGGGAGCUCCAGUCUGUGCACAGGGAGCUGCAGAGUGUUCGAGAUGAGGCCAAGGUGGCAGCGACCAGCAGUCAGCGCCUGUCCCAGGAGCUUCAGACCAAGCAGGCCCAAGUAUGUUCCUUGGAGGGCCAGCUGGAUGCUUCACGCUCCAUCAACAACAAACUCACGCAGGAAGUCAAAAGGCUGGAGACAGAGCUCGAGAAGCUGCAGAACAGCAGCAGGUCGGCAGACACACCUCUCUUCUCGACACCCUGCUGGAAUACAACCUCACCCUGGGAAAACAAUGGGAGCAGAAAGGAGGACCGGCUGGGGCAGAGAGAUGAAGGACAGAGCGGGGCGCUCCACAUCCGACAGCGUCUCCAGUUCUCAGACAUGCCUACGGCCUCGUUGCCACGACAGCAACACAAGAGCACGCCCCAUCGCCACCCGUCUGACCAAUCAGAGUCCUUCUCUACUCCCAUGGCUGCGUUUCCGUGGGAACGGGAUGACUCGAGGUCAGCAGCCAGGAGACGAUCACCAACUUCUCCCCAGACGCCCUUCGUUGACCUCACUCAAGCCCAUUCAGAACAGGGGGUUUGUGGGAAGGAAAAGAACCAAACACAAACAGACACAUCUUUGUUAGAAAUGCGGAGUCGUGUGUCUUCUCUGGAGGAGGAGCUGCGUGUGAAGGCCGAGAAGUUGAAGUCAACACAGAACGAAAUGGUGCAGAACAAGAAGGAGGUCGCCAGCAGGGACCUCAGUCUGCAGAGAGCCCGCAACGAGCUCAGCCUGGCACAUACACGUAUGGCCCAGGAGAGCGAAAAGGCAUCGCAAGCAGAACAGAGGCUGAAGCAGCUUCAGGAGGAGCUGAAGUGUCAGAGGCAGAACGCAGAGAGUAGCCGACUGCAACACCAGCAACGCACCAAGGAGCUGGAGAAACAAAAUCAGAGGGAUUUGUUGGAGCUUCAGAAGGAGAGACAGUGUCUAGAGAGGCAACAUCAGCAAGAGGUGAAUAAGCUCAACCAGGAGCUCCAACAGGCCAGGACACUCCACAAUGCCCUGCAGGCCCAGGCUGACAAGCUGUCUCUACAGAAGCAGGCGUUGGAUAAAGAAGUGGAGACUCUGAAAGAGAAACUGAAGUGGACUGAGGGACAGCUGCAGGAGAGCCAGAAGAAAGAGGCACAGACACAAGCCAAACUGACGGAAGCGGUGCAUGAGGCAGAGGGUGUGGCAGUGAGACUGGAGCAAAGCAGGAAGAGAGAGCAAGCUCUGGAGGAGGAGGGGAGGAGACUGGCAGAGGAGCGAGCUGACGCCCUUCAAUUCCUUAAAGAACUGCAAGAGCAAAAAGCCGCUCCAGUACCUCUACAACCGGUCCAGUAUUGCUCUGGUGGACAGAGCUUCUCUCCUCAACCUUCCUUCUCUCAUCAGUCUCGAUCGUCACCUUACACAAAGAGGUCUGCCACCAGCCGAGCUGAGCAGAGGCGGGAUAAGGGACCAGAUGAGGAGUACUCUGAGUGUUUGCAAAGAGGACAACAUAGAAGAGGAAGCGAUGAUGAGGAGAACAAGAGUAGAAAUCAGCCGAUGGAGUGUGACACCUCUUGGACCAACAGGCCUUCCUCAUUUGAUGAAGUACUCUGCAGAUCCUCUCAGUCCGCUUCUGUUACACCCACCAUGACUUCCAUGGAUGAUGAUAACUGCGUUUCAAUAGACUCCGCUGAUAAGACACCGCCUCUCAAGGCUGAGCAGGCCACACCUUCUAAAGACCUCCAGAGGGAGAAUGCCAUGCUACGUUCAGAGCUACAUGAUGUGCAGGAAGAACUCCAGAAACGACUGGAGGACCUUGAAGCUCAACGACGGGCCGAGUCCGAAACCAGGACCCGGCUGAAACAGCUCAGCCGAAAACAUGCUAGCCAGAGUGUGGAGAAAGAGGAGCAGGACAAGGAAUGGAAGUCACAGCUGGAGAGGGAGAAGGCUGAGACAGAAAGGUUGAGGCAGGCCCUAUCCACUAUGGAGGCAGAGAUGAAGAGAGGGAGGGAGGAAAGAGAAAAUUAUGACAGAAAGGAGACAGAGGAAGAAACAAAGAAAACAAAAGAAGACAGAGAGAGUGAAAUGAUAGAACUUAAUAUCCAGCUGAAGAAGCAGCUGGCAGAGGUGAAGGCCCAGCUGGCUUUAGAACGAGAAGAAAGACAAAGAGAGGAAGAGGCAGGGAAUCAAAAAAUAAACACAGAAAGACACCUAAAGGCGGAGCUGAACAUGAAACUGGAAGAACUUGAGGCCAAACUUGAGGAACUAAAGAGCUGCAGAAUUGCAGACUCAUUGGAAGAGGAAAAACUCUCAGUAGCCAACAGCCCGCUGCCAUAUCUGACUCUUCGUGACGAUGACCUCAACUCCAACAUCACUGGCUGGGACAACAAGCUCCUCCCUUUGUCUGACCAGCACCACCUCUUCUGUCAGUCCACCAAUCAGCGCAACAUGCUUGUAUCUCAGACAACAGAGGAUAUUAUCCAAAAAGAGCAAACAGUGAUAGAUCAUGAACACUCACAUCUGUCAGAUAAAAGUCAAACAAGGCCAGUGGUCACAGACCUGGAAGACACCACCCUACAAAACUAUCUGGGAGGGUCCAGAGACCUCCAGAGGGGGGAUUCUGCCCCCACUGACUUGACCAAGGAGGUAGAGCAACUACGCAAGGAAAAUGUAAGGGAGACACAUCGUGCUAACCAGUGCGAGGUUAAACUGAAAGCCCUGCAGAACCAGGUGACAAGUCAGACUAAACAAUUAACCACGGCCUUUGAGAAGCAGAGCCAACACAUCUCCGGACUUCUAGCUGAGCUACAGGAGAAAGAGAGCGCCCUCCGCAGCCAGGGAGAAGAACUGCAGCGCUGCAACCAAGAACUGGAUGCACUCAAGGCUGAAAAACAGGGAGAAGUGAUAGCUGUCAAAGUGGAUAAUGAACCAAAAGAAGAGAGGCGAGAGAGAGAAAGCCAAGAUGAUUCAGUGGAUUCCUUAGAGUUUCAACUAAAUCAGGACAAGAAGUGUGCUGUCACUGUGACUCACAUAGUAGACUCUAAUGCACAAAAAGAUGCAUGUAAACCAGAGAUUUUGACAUCAAAGGCUGAAAAACAAAAACUUGUUUGCAGUGAAGUAGAUAAUGCAAGUAAUUCAUUGGCUCAGCGUCAAGGCUUUGUGAACUCUGAAAAGACUCAAAGUGACGAUGACUCUGCUUCUGUUAAGAAAGAGACUGAGUGUGGUCAAGGUGGAGGUGUAGUUGCAGAACUACUUGCUCUCCAACAGGAGAAUCAGCUGCUGAAACAAAGAAUUGAGGCCUUGAUGGUUUUAGACACAAACAACUUACAAGCACUACACACAGGCAGUGAAAACCAAGAAGACUCGGUGGAGCACGGCCAAAACACAGGACAUGUGACUCUGUCCUGCUCAAAGGAGCAGAAAACACCUAAUUUGCCAAGUGACAUCACCACUGAAGCACAACCACUGCUGCUGAACAUGAGGAGGAAUGAAGAUAAAGGACGAGGAUUAGAAAGGGAAGAUGAAAGAACAGCUGGGGCUGACAAACACGCUGAUCCAACCUCUCAGCUUCAGAUCAACCAUCUACAGCAACAGGUUGUGGAGCUGCAGAAGAAACUUCGGGCUCUCUCAGUGGAGACCCAGCGGCAGACUGAGGAACUGGCUGUUUGGAGAUUGUCCUCUCAACCCGCCCCAACAUUUGAAGACAUCCUUCCCAACCCAGAAAACCCGUCUCAGACCCAGGACCAGAUUUCAAGCCAGCAGCACACUAAUGACAUGACCCCCAGCCUUCAUCAGGAGCCAGCACCUCUGGGUGUCCCCCAGAGCCCUGCUCAAGUGACAGUCAUCAGAGAAGAUGAGUUACUCCUGUCCUGCUCCUCUAAAAAACUUCAGGGCCGCAUGCUGUUCUCCAGACUGCAGCACAGCAACCACUCUGAACCAAAGAGUCUCCAUUCUUCAAAAAAGACUUCAGCACACAACACUGCUGAGGUCGACAUGGAAUCUGAAAAAGAAAACCAGGAGAUCAGCUUCUCACAACGAUUGGAUAGCUGUCCAGCACAACUCAAAGAGCAGAGAGACACUCAGCUUCUCCAAACAUUAUCUGAGAAAACGGGUCAACAGCACGUGACCAAAGUUUCAAAGAGCCAAAUCAGACCAAAAACAGAAACUCCUGAGGCCAAACGAAAUGCUUCCACAGCAGUCAAUGAAGUAAACACAACCAAUGAUUCCUCAGAGAGAGAUUUCAGGAUAGAAACAAAAAGCGUGAGCAGCCAAACAGAGGAAAGUUUGUAUCCUCGUAGUCCUCCAACUGCAUCUGAACUCCACUGUGCAUACACACAGACUGAGGGGGAAGAUGAAGAGUUGGUGGAAUCACCCCCUGUCUCUCCUGUCCCACUUUCUGAGACGUCAGAGGCAAGAGACAAAAUAUUGUUUUCUAGUACCUUCCCCAUCCCGGCUGACCCGGCGCGUCUUGCAGAAAGAAUCCGCCGAAACAGGACACAACUGUCGGCCGCUUUCGACGACACAGAAUAUGAACCGUACGGCCUGCCAGAAGUUGUCAUGAAAGGUUUUGCAGACAUCCCAACUGGUCCCUCCUGUCCCUACAUAGUGAGGAGGGGUUUGUUGGGGACAGCCGUUGUACCCGUCCCACAGAAAGAACCGGGACCAGAGGAGACAGAUUAAAACCACAGCUACAGAUGUGGUGGAAAGAAGCGAUCACUGCGGCCUGAUCGGGAACCUCAGUGGUGGACGACAGCAGCUUCACAGGGACACUCCACUCACCAGCAACCUGAAGCACCUCAUAUCUUCAAACCAACACAGGAGCAGCCUCUAUAAGUGCUGCAGUCACACAGGGACUUCUGUGAGAGUGUGUGUGUGUGUGUGUGUGUGCAGGUAACUGUGUCCACACUGGCUGAAUACACUCCUCCACUUCAGAUCUAAAAUGUUUUUUUAUAGUUUUAGUUUUUUUUUAAUUUAUUUAAUCAUCACUUGUUUACCCUCUAAUUGAUGUGCGGACACUUUACUGCCCGUCAGAAUGCAGUGACUUUACACCCACCUGUUUAUUUGGGGACGGAGGUGGUAAUUUAGUGAUGUUUGUUGAUGUUUCAUGAAGUUAACAACUACUCUUCUAAAGGGACUGUUAAGGUUUUAAGUAACUCUGAAAUAACUUGUGGGUCAAGCCUCAGCCAACUCUAAAUUAAACAGUGCCUAGUGGAAGUUUUUCUAAACAAGUUCUUGUCAAGAUAAGUCUGACUUGUUUUUCCAAAAAGGUGAAGCCAAGAGAGGCCUGUCAUGAAAAUGUGAUAUUUAUCUGUUUAAUUCUUGCAGUGGCUUAUUUAUGGACACUUGAAUGUGUUUUAGGUUGAACGCAGGUGUUUACAAAGAACGUGUGAGCGUGUGGGGACAUUCACUGUGCAUUUGAACAUGUGUGUCUUCAUCCUGAUGUUACUCUCUCUGUGUGUGUGUGUGUGUGUGUGUGUGUGUGUGUGUGUGUGUGUGUGUGUGUGUGUGUGUGUGUGUGUGUGUGUGUGUGUGUGUGUGUGUGUGUGUGUGUGUGUGUGUGUGUGUGUGUGUGUGUGUGUGUGUGUGUGUGUGUGUGUGUGUGUGUGUGUGUGUGGUGUAGAGAGAGAAAGGGAGAGGGGGCGAGCUCAUGUCUAUGACUCAAUCUAACCUGCGUUGGUUUCCGCUCCAUGUAUGGUGAUACACACUGAGCUCCCUCUCUCCUCCCUCUGCUGCUUUUGCUUUUCUGCCUUACACUAACGAGCACUCAGUAGUUAAUUUACCAAAAAAAAUAAAACGUGUGAAGUUUUUUUUUUUUUUGUUUUUUUUGGCAGGGGACACCAAGAAAUGGAACCGCUAUCUUAUAUCAUAAUUUAUUUGAUUUGAUGUAUCUAUUUUUGAUAGAUUUUGUUUGUCUUGCACAUUUGUCACUGUGCCACAGACAGCAGUAGCCCAGGCGUAUAUAUGUACACUGUAGAUUUUGUAGAUGAAUUUGGAGUUGAUGUACAGUUUGUAUUUUUCCCUUUAAACAGAGGAUUUCACCACUGUGCGUGCUAACAAGGGUUGACCAGUUUGUUAACACCUUGUUAUGCUGAAGAUCGGUGACUUUUGAGUUUUUGAGAUAAAAGCUCAGGACUAAUUUCUGUUGAGUGUGGAGUGAUUCGGUUUUAUUUAUGUUUACAUUUUAUUUAAAGGUAGAGUUGUUCUCUCCUGACCGUGGCUUGUUGACUCAGUAAGGACAGUGUGAACUGUUACUGCACUGAUUGAACACCUACGCCCUUCAUUUGCCAUGUUCACACCCUCACACACACCCACACCCUUUCGGCUGCCUUCAUAUCUCUGGGAUCUGUAGUCUUUUGGCAGUGAGGUGCGAUUGUCGGACUCUGAACAGAGAAGCUCACUGUGUAUCUUUUUGCCUUCUUUUGGACACUUUCAUGUGAAUGUUUGUGUUGUGUUUGCUGCUAGAAUAAAAGGCUUG